ACAAGAGCACCCAACAAAAACAAGUACACUGUUAACGCAUCAAUCAAACCUUGGAAACCAAAAAAAUGGUGGCAGCCACCAUUGCUGUCUCUUCUCCGAAAUCAACCAUUUUGCAGAACCCCAUCUACCUUGGAGACUCAAGUUCAAGUUUUUAUAGAGGAUCUUUGAAGGGUCUAUUCUUGCAUCAUGUGAAACCAAGCCAACAACAACAACAAAGAAGAGAGUUAACCAAUUUGGUUGUGGCUUCCACAGCCACCCCUACUAGUACUGUAACAAAAAGCAACAGUAAUGGAAGUAGUGGCAGGUUUUACUUCAACUUCACUGGCUUCCCUUUCCCACUUGGUCCAUUCCUCAACAGGCGCACUAUUAGGACUGAGGCUGUGAAGGGUUGUAUAUGGCUAUUUGAACAAGAGCAGGCAUUAGGCUUCAGCAGUGUUUCCACAAACAUAAGAAUGACGGUUAUCAAACUCAAAUCUGGUGGCUUAUGGAUCCAUGCACCAAUAGCUCCAACUGAUGAAUGUAUUCAGCUCAUUAAGGAAUUGGGAGCUCCAGUUGAAUAUAUUAUCCUCCCUACUUUUGCUUAUGAACACAAAAUAUUUGUUGGUCCGUUUUCUCGGAAAUUCCCCCGUGCUCAGGUAUGGGUGGCGCCGAGGCAAUGGAGUUGGCCGUUGAACUUGCCACUGGAAUUCUUGGGCAUUUUUCGUGCUAAAACAUUGAAAGACGAGGAUUCAUCCGCUCCUUGGGCUGGUGAAAUAGAGCAAAAAGUUCUAAGCUCACCAGAAGUUGGAAUUGGUCCUUACGUCGAAGUAGCUUUCUAUCACAAGCCUUCAAGAACACUAUUGGUGACAGAUGCUGUUAUUUUCGUUCCGAGACAGCCACCGGAGUGUAUAAGCAAAGAAUCACUGUUAGCAUCUGCUAAAAAUGGUUUGGCUGUAAAAAUUCUUAGUAAAGGGAAAGAGGUACCGAACGAACCCGUAGUUGACAACAAGACGAACAGGCAAAAAGGAUGGGAAAGAAUGGUUCUACAAAUCUUGUUUCUUGGUCCAUCGAAUCUUUUAGAACCUAAUGCUAGCUUUGCACAGAUGUCGCAGAAACUGAUUGUUUCACCAAUUGUGAAGACACUGGUCUUCAGCAAAGUUCCUGAAAAGGUUAGAGAGUGGGUUGAUAGAAUCUCGCGAGAUUGGAGGUUCAAGAGAAUUAUCCCUGCUCAUUUUGCAGCUCCAAUAAAUGCAAGCCGGUCCGAUUUCCGGGCGGCGUUCGCAUUCUUGGACGAGUUCUUGGUCGAUACCAACCCCACUUGGCCAUCACUUUCCCUUCUAUUCUCUUCAGUCAUGGGAAAAGCUGCCAGCUAUUUCCCUCCGGACGACAUGAGGACCUUAUCGUCCCUCGAUCAGUUCUUAGUUUCGGUUGGGGCUGUGAAGAAAACCGUUUCGGGCCGGAAACGGUGAAAUACCAUUGCUAAUACUAAUACUGGUUAACCUUAAAUAUAUAUAGUUUUUCUAAGUUGAUUGUUAAGGAAGAUGUUAAUAUUUGAAUUUUUGGAAUAUAUAGGAAGAUAUGUUGUAAAAUCAGAGAUUUUUCUUGCAUGAAAAUCUUGAAGAGAUAAAUAGAUUUACA